CUUCUUCUGUUUUUGGUUCUUAAUAUAUUCAUUCAGAUAAAAUGAAUAUGAUGAAGAAAAUAGGAAUUAUUUUACUGCUUACAGUUUGUUCUCUAUUACCUGGCACAACACUUCAAGCAUCUGAGAUCACAGAUACGACUGAAGGAAGUUCUAUUGGAGAUACUUCGGCUGAUGACACUACUGAAGGAUCUUCUGAAGAUACUACAAAAGAUAUUAAUGAAGAUGAUACUACUGAAACAGAGAGUAGUACUACUGUAGAUACAACUGAAGGUACUACUACUGAAACUUCUGAAACAGAAGAAGAAAAAGAUGAUGAGUAUGAAGGAGACCCUAAGAGUCGAGAUUAUAGCAACGACAAAAUUUCCAAGAAGAAAUCUGGAUCGAAUUUGUAUAAAUAUGGGAACAUGAAGUGUUCUUGUGGUGGAGGGCAAAAACCUGAGGAAAUAAUGAUAGAGUCAGAUGAUGCAACUACUACCACAACUACAACAACAACAACCACAACAAAACCAGAAGUUGAAGAUAGGAUAGUUGGGGGAAUUAAAGCAAAGUUUGCUCAGCCUUGGCUUGCAUAUAUACUUAUCUUUUAUACGCAGAAUGGAUUGUCCAAUCAAGCUACUUGUGGUGGAGCACUUAUCAACAGCAAGUUUAUUCUGACUGCCGCACAUUGCCUCUGCGAUGAAUCUAAGCAAAUGCCUUGUCCUGUCAAAAACAGAGAUAAUCCUAAAAAAUACAGUAUAAAAAUUGAUUAUAAUGUUACAACUAAGUUCAGGAUAUCAAUUGGAAUGAAAAAUCAAAUGGGAGUAGGAGAUAACUUACCAGCAGCUGAGAUUGAGAAAAGAGUAUUCACCGCUAUCUCUGGCAUUGUUCACUUCAAAUACAAACCCCAGUACUUGGACCCAACUCCGGAGGAAAAUGGGCGUGACAUUGCUUUGCUAGAAUUAAACAGAGAAAUAAAUUUUGAAGAUGAGACAUACCUGAGGCCUGUUUGCCUUCCCCCUGGUCCCAGGUUCCCUGACAAUCAUGGGAAGUUUAUGGGCUAUGUAGAGGGCUGGGGGAAGGAUGCUGAUACAUCAGGGAAAUGUAUGACCAAUGAGCUUGGACCUUCUCCUUUCGAACCUUGCCAGAGAAAAACAAUAAUUCCAGGAAAUUCAUUCCCUGGUUGCUCCAACCUUAGAAGCCCGACAGGCUACCUAAUGAAGGAAGAAGAUAACCCUUGUAAGAAGUUAAAGGACUAUUACAAGGAGAAGGAGAAACAAAGGGGAUUCCUGCCAAACGGUUUAACAGAAGUAAAGGUAUUUAGGAACAAACUUGUCCAAUAUUGCUUUAAUGAUAAUGUAAACAGAAACAAGAAGAAAUGGUGUGCCACCUGUAGGAGCAAAGCAGAACCAGGGGAAUCUGGGUAUUGUGGAGAGAAUAGUGUUAAUGAAACAGCAGAACAAUUUCUAAAUAUGACUGCUAAAAACUGGGGCUUCUGCUUAGAAUCAAGUGCAUGUGAGAGGUUGUCAGGAAAACAGUUUACUGGAAGUGGAGAACUCAAUUAUAUUCUUCUGGACAUUCUUGGCAGUAAGGAAUGUGAACUGUUUGGGAACAAAAGUAGUAUAAAUACGAAACGGGAGAUCUGUGCAGGGAAGAAGAUUAAACCAAGAUUGGGAUAUUUCAAUUUAACAGGAGACCAAGUGAAAAGUUUAGAACCUAGGGAAGAUGAUCUUCCCUUAGCUCUGAUGAAUACAACCUCUAUUCAUCUUGGAUAUAUUAUUGGAGGAGGAGACACUUGUCAGGGUGACUCUGGUGGUCCCCUUUUGAAAUGGUUGGGUGACCAGGCGGUGGUAGUGGGAGUAGUUUCUAGAGGUGCAUCUUGUGCUGAAGAGAACCAGGCUGGAGUCUAUACAAGGGUUAAAACUAAACUAAGGUGGAUUUUCAAAUAUGCUUCCAAGGGUAAAUGUGGAAACAAAAAGGAAAGUAAAACUCCUCACUUUAGAUCUCAAGUAGAACAAAGUCCGAAAUCUUCCACAUCAACCACAACAACUGUAUCAACAUCAACAACAACAACAAGUACAACAACAUCUACAACAGAUCCAAACCUUCUCUAUUCAUAAAUAUAUCAAAAAUUUACAAAAAGAUCUUUGUUUAAUUGAAAUUAAUGCAACUUAGUAUUAUUGUUACCUUGCAAUGUUUAAAAUAAAACUAUUGAAAAUAAACGAUUUCACAGACCCCAAAA